GGGUCAUCUUGGAGCUUGACACUUUCAAAACCGGUGUUUUGUAAGUGAUUUCAUUUCUAGAAGGGAAGCCGCCUAGGUGUGAGACACUUUGUUUUACUAAUUGGAUUAGAAAAAACCAAUGCAGAUGGUAUGCUUGCAGGGGUAAUAUAUAAAGGUGUAACCAACCGAGCAAUGGGAACGAAGCUCGCUGCUGCCUGGCCAUGGUAUCUCUCAGGCUUGCUAUCGUAGCUUUGGUUCUUCUUGCUGCGCACAAUGCACUCGGAGUUGCAAAUCCUAGAGGCCUGGGGGUUUGCACCAGUUUCGUCUUGCCAGAGGCUUACCAGUGCACCGAGUACAUCGUUGAAACUGCCGAUGGCUAUAAGCUGGCGCUCGAGAGAGUCGCGAAGAACUGUACCACGCCGACGCUGGGUCCUGUGUUCCUCUACCACGGGAUUAUGGAGGGUGGCGACAUCUGGGUGCUCAACCCGCCUGAUGAAUCGCUAGCUUUUAUCAUGGCGGACGCGGGCUACGAUGUUUUCAUUGGCAAUGGACGUGCCUCCAUGUUCAGCUCUCACAACUUGUUCUCGCGAGCGGAUACGAGGUUCUGGGAUUGGAGCAUGGACGAACUCGUCGUCCACGACUUACCAGCGUUGCUAACUUACGUGAACACUCUGACCGACAAAAGGAUCUUCUUUGUUGGCUACUCACAGGGGACACAAGUCGCAUUCGCCGCCUUGUCUCAGUCUGGGAACAAAGCAGCGAGCCUUAUCGAAAGGGCCGCAAUGCUAGCUCCCAUUGCGUACCUCAACCAUGUCCGAGCACCGAUGAUCGGAGAGGCUGCUCGACGCCGAUUGGAUCAAGUAUUGCUUCGAUCGGGGAUCAGCGAAUUCAGCCUGUCAAAUGCUGCUGGACGACAAGUUCUUAACAUCAUCUGUAGACAAUCAAACCUUGAUUGCAUCGACGAUCUGCUUACUCUUUUCACAGGUCCAAACUGCUGCGUCAACGUGAGUAGAAUGAGCUACUACAACAUGUACGAGAUGCAGUCAACCUCCAUGAGAAACCUCGCACACCUUGCUCAGCUUGUUCGAUCGGGACGGUUCGCGAAGUUCGACUUCCAGGUCCCGGGAAACAUCGACCACUACGGGGUGCUCAUACCUCCCUCGUACUCUCUGUCGACGAUCCCAGUGAGCAUUCCCAUGCUCCUUGUCUAUGGCGGGCGAGACGAGCUAGCGGACCAAGCCGACGUGCAGCACCUCAUCCGCGACCUCCACAGGACCAGCGUCGAAGUUCUCUUCCUCCCGCGCUACGCACACGCCGACUUUGUCCUCGGCAUCAAUGCCAACGUCGACGUCUAUCCCCACGUCCUGGAAUUUUUCCAGUCCACCAUCGGGAACAACUCGAGCAUGGCCCCUCCUCGCGGCUAAACUCUCUUUACUUAUAUAACUAUCUUAAUGACUGGUAAUCUGUGUCGGGUCAGAUCGACGGUCAGAUUUUGCCCA